CUUAACUUGGUUGAACUUACAGUACCAACCACAUAGUCAAGUUUGCAGAUGACACGACUGUAGUGGGUCUUAUCACCAACAACAACGAGGCCAACUACAAGAGCGAGGUGAGCCGACUGGUCCAGUGGUGUAACGACAACAAUCUCUUCCUCAACAUGGGGAAGACCAAAGAAAUUGUCAUUGACUUCAGAAGAGGACCUCCACUGCACCCCCCACUUACCAUCAACGGUGCCCCAGUCUUUAGGGUGAACAGCUCCAAAUUCCUAGGGGUGCAUAUCUCUGAGGACCUCUCCUGGGUGACGAACACCACAUCGCUGGCCAAGAAAGCUCAGUCACGCCUCUACUUCCUUCGCAAACUGAGGAAAGCACGAGUCCCACCUCCUAUCAUGUGCUUCUUCUACCAGGGCACCAUUGAAAGCAUUCUCACCAGCUGCAUCACUGUGUGGUACGGAGGCUGCAAUGCCUCCUUUCCGAAGACUCUGCAACGCAUAGUGAAUGCAGCCAGCAAGAUCAUCGGAGUCUCUCUGCCCUCCCUUGUGGAUAUCUUCCACACCCGCCUCACAAGCAGAGCCAUCAGCAUCGCAGCAGAUGCUUCUCACCCGUCAAACCUCCACUUCAGCCUACUGCCUUCAGGGAGAAGGUACCGGAGCCUCCAGGCUCGUUCCACAAGGCUUUCUAACAGCUUCAUCCACCAGGCUGUCAGGAUGCUGAACUCUGCCCAUUAUCUCCCCCCUCAUCCACCUACUUCUGAACUCUAAUAAUCUACAACUCACCCCACACUUCUUUCAUUGCACAUAAGACACUUUAUACUUCUGCAGAGCUCUGCACACAUAGACCUGUUUACAAACACCUUGCAUGUACAAACUAUUUAAAUCUGACACUGUUUGCACUUUUACAUCUUAUAGUCUUUUUGCACUACUGUCAUACUGCUGCUAUUCUGUAUUGUAUCUUAAAAUAGGACUCAUAGUCCUAUUAUACCCAGAAAUAUACCCAGAACUACUCAACCUUUACAUUUAUUGCUUGUAUAUUUGCACCCUUGGGAGUAUAUUGUAUAUAAACUGACUUCAGUGUUUACAUUUACUCAGAGAUAUAUUGAACGUUUACAUUUAUCUCCAGGUAUAUUUGCACCUUUGGACGUAUAUUUGUAUAUUUUACAGAAUUCACUGUUUACAUUUACUCAGAUGCAUUUUCAUUCAGAUGUUUACAAUAUAUUUUUCACUCUGUUUAUUUAUAUCUAUUUAUUAUCAAAUACAUUGCUGUUACCUUCAUACAAAAUCUGUUCUGUAUUGCACUGACUGCAUUGACUGUAAACAAUUGAUAAGAGAGAAGAGAAACUAUAUUUCGAUUAUGGUGGCAUUGACAAAUAAAGAACCUUGAACCUUAAACUAUCAGCAUAAAUUUAUAUGGCAAUGUGCCCAAAGUUAUGAAAAAGGUGACAAUGUUAAAGAUUAACAUAAGAUUCAGUUAUCAGUAGCAAUUUGGGUUGUGAAUGUGAUGUCAUGUCGCAGUGUCUUAUGGGUGAGCCACCAUUUAAGCAGGGUUAGUCAGUCAUCUAGUUAGCUAGGCAGUCUAGCUAGUCGAUGAGUUUUCAUACAAACUGAGUGUUCACAUUAUUAAACUGCUGUCUUGAGGUUUAUUAUUAUUUGUUAUGAGCAAAUAGGUGACAUCAAUCAGCAGCUUCAAAGCAUUUAUGCUGUUUUUUUCCCUAAUUGUAGCCUGCAGUGUGGCUUUAGCUAACGUUCAUUAAAAGAAGCAGUUUUUUACGAACUUUAUAAGCGAAAUUUAUUACUAAUGUAGCGCAUGCGCAAACUUCUGGGCACGAGAGUUGAAGCUUAAUGCUUGAUAACCAUCACCGUGAGAAAGGGCAACAUAAGAUCAAAGAUAGCUAGCAAAUCUAUAAAUCUUGCUUUGUGAGACAGGCCUCUGCUUUCAGAAAUACCCCUCCGACAGACAGUAAAGUCGUGUGUUCUCUAAAAAUAAAAACUUCCGUUAUUGGCGUCACUUGAGGAUCAGAGGGCACUUGUUACGAGGCUGCUUUGCAUUUUGGUUCAUGUAGUGUAAAACGUUUGCCAUUCAUUUUACCUCGAAUGCAUUUGUCACUAUUUUAAGGCCACGUAUGUCUUAAUUAAGUACAAGUUAUUCUAAAUAAUUUUAUGUAGACUUGAUUGUUUAUGAUGUAAGUAUUUUGUAGGAGAGUCCGUCAUUCUUGAAUUCAAACUACAACAUCCGGCUUCCUUCUUCCAGUACGGAAGGUGACGUUCUAAAACAGACAGUGGGUGGAGAAAAAAACAACCGCUUCCGUGUUGAUCUCAGCGGAUAAAUAACAACUGGAGCGUUACACAAACUGGGGAGAAUACUAUAAUGGUUUUAUAAACCAUUACGAUAGGAAAGAAUCACUCAUCAAAAUGUCGUCGGCACAAGAUUAAGCCAUGUGUGGAUUAAAUGAAAGGUGUCAAUAGGAACUCUCCGCUGGAUACCACCACUUACCUGUUUUUGUGACCAGGUUAGAACUGCCAGAUCUUGGUAUUCAAAAGUCACAAUGACAGAAAAAUGUUGAAGGAAUUUAUGUUUAAUUUUGGCACACGAUGCUAUGCUUAUCAUGCUGCUGUGAUAUUAAGUUUGACAUUAAAAUGUUAAUAUAUCCCAGAGAAUCUAAUCCUCUGAAUUAGUAACACUAAAGAUUGAAGAAGUGCUUUAGGUUUGACUUGAGACUGGUAUUGCUUGUACAAUUUAAUACAUCUUUACCUAAGCUUUUUAAUUUCCAUUUUGGAGUACAGAGUGGCCACAGAGACUUGCUAAGAAGCAGGUGUUUUUCUGUGGCCACUGAUUCUUGUAGUUAAGCUGAGUGUAAGUAUGAAUUGCUGAAUGGCCUGUUUCUGGUGUGACUGCUAUCCUUCACAGGGGUGCUGCUUCAUUCUUGUCUGAUUAGUUAAACCUUAAAAAAAGUUGAGGUGUCUUUCAUUUCUCCAGGUUGAAUAAUGCUGUGCACUGUAUGGAUCUACUGGGUCUGGCAGAGAGAUUGGACAGCAAGAUGGCUGGGAUGACCUGACCAAAGCUCUACUCCUUUAUGAUUAAGACGGGUGUACAUGUGCUGCCAUUGUCCUUGCACAUCCACACAGCCUUAACGGUUACUAAAGUGUACCUAAAACCCACAGUAUACACUCUUAACAACACUUUUCUUCUUCCACCACAGUCUGAUUUUUUUUUAAUCAUCUUGUAUAAUUUUAUUCUAAAAUGCUUUUGAUUACAUCUCAGCUAAAGGUAGUUCAGACAACUCUCCCAUUGAUUUAUCUGUAAAUUUAUCCCCCAAUUCUCUGUAAAGUUUGGUUUUGCAAAUUUUUUUUAAGAUGCAAGGCUGUUUCAUUCCUUUUGAACCCUUCUUCGUCCAAGUGAGUGUCAUUCAUGUAAAUAAAAUGUCAUGCGGA